CAAUUAUUCUCCAAGGGCAGCAAAGGGAGUGGCAACGCAGGUCGGAGGCUGAGGGGUUGGAGAGAGAGAGAGCCGCUCCCCCGAAAAGUCAAGCCCACUCCUGGGAGAUAGCUGAAUGCCCAGGCCUACUUCUGCCCGUCUCACGGCCUUAUUUGUCUGAUGAUGAGGAUGCUGAUGGCACAGGCCAGGUGCUAGUGUAGGCAGCAGAGAGCAAGGGCGCUCAUUCAAGUAAGCAAGCAGCCACGGAGGAAGAGAGGCAAGGUUCCUCCUCCACUCACCCUACACUGCAAGCAGCCUUCACCACACAAGCCUGCCUGGUAUCUACCCACUGGAAGGAGUGAUAUUUGACAGUCCCUGCUUUGGAGAGGUCCCCUCAAAUAUAAAAACGGAAAAAGUUUCACAGCACUACAAGGUCAAAGGUCAAGGAGGUCACCAUGGCAAUGGAGAUGGAGAUGCCCCAAUCAGCCGAGAGCAUGAUGGGGAUGCUGUCCGAGGCCCAGUCCAGUGGCGGCGGUGACAACAGCAGCAGUGCCAGCAUGAUGGAGCACUUCUCCGCAGCGGAGUCCUCGGGGACCGUCACGCAACACUUCUCCUCUUCCGAGGUCCGAAUGACCUCGACUUCAUCAUCAUCAUCAUCCUCCUCAGCCUCGUCCUCUGCGGUGACAUCUUCCUCCUCCUCUUCCUCCUCCUCCUCCUCCGCAGUCUCGACGAGCUCCAGCAAAGUCCGUCGAGUUUCUCAGACAGCCAAAGCUGUGGCGGAUGGGACAGAGGGCACUCAGACGGUGGUGCACAGGAAGACCUCAGCCAUGGGGGAGUCCUACAGCCAGGUGCAGAAGUCCUCUUCCAUUCCACCAGGGGAGUCCAUGCCAGACUUUGAGCUGAAGCCCCGACCACUCACAGCACAAGAGGGGGACAAGGUGUCCUUUAAGGUGAAAGUGGUGGGGAGCCCCAAGCCUACGGUGUCUUGGAAGCGAGACAGCGGGAAGCCUUUGCCCGAGGCGGCCACGACUUACUUUGACAGCAUCAAUAAGCAGCACGUCUUAAAGAUCAAGCCCUUGUCCCUGGAGGAUGCAGAUGUCUACAAGUGCGUAGCCUCCAAUGAUCAUGGAGACGCUGUGUAUGGCGUCACUCUGGUGGUCACUGAGAAUCCAGCCAUGGAUUUUAAGAAGAUGCUGAAAAAGCGCAACGUCCAGGCCCUGAAGAGAGAGGAGAAGAAGCCUCCCACCGAGGAGGAGAUGCUGAAAAUCCUGUCGGGAGCCGACAGGAAAGAUUACGAGCGGAUCUGCGCCGAGCACGGCUUCACUGAUUUCAGGGGCAUCCUGAAGAAGCUCAAAGAGAUGAAGAAGAAGGAGGACGUGGAGAUGGUGAAGAUACUGAAACCCCUGCAGGACAUUACUGCCAAGGCUGACUCCAAUGUCAUCUUUGAAACCAUGAUGGAACUGAAGGACCCAAACACUAAGAUGCGCUGGUUUCAGGACGGGGAGCUGCUGCGUAUCCAGUACUCUCUGGGGAAGUACGAGGUGAAACAGCUGGGCACCAAGCACAUGCUGUGCAUCUCCAGCGUCACCCUGAAGGAUUCGGGAACCUACACCCUGCAGGUCGGAGACAAGACAGUCAACGCCAAACUCACCGUCAUAGAUGAGCCCCUGAGGUUGACCUCUGACCUGAAGCCCAUGCGCGUGACGGAGCGCCAGACGGCCGUGUUUGAGGUGCGCCUGUCCAAGAAGACGGACGCCCCGUUGGUGUGGAAGUGCAAGGACAAGGAGCUGAAGAGGGACGAGAAGUACGACAUGUCCGUGUCCGAGGACGGCUUGACCUACAUGCUGCGGGUCAAGGACGUUCGCCCGGGCGACACUGGCGACUAUACCCUGUGUCUUGGAGACCUGACGGCCACGGCACCCCUCUUCAUUGAAAGGAUUCCGAUAAAGUUUGCCUGCCACCUGAGGAACGUGCACGCCAAGGAGAAAGGCAAGGCCCGCAUGGAGUGCGAGAUGAGCUCCAAGGACGUCCACAUCAGGUGGCUGAAGGACGGCCGGGACAUCACCAACGACCCGCGCUACAUCUUCAUGCGCGAGGGCAAGCACGCCGAGAUGAUCCUGGAGGACUGUGACCUGGCGGACGGCGGGGAGUACAGCAUCGUCUGCACCCAGGACAACGAUGCCCAGGAGUAUGUCAGCUCUGCCAACCUCACCGUCGACGAGAGGUUUGCCUCAGUGACAAGUGGCCUAUCGGACGUUCAGUGUCCCAGCGGUUCAGGAGCAGAGAUGUGUGUUGUUCUGAAUGACGAGAAGGUUGAUGGAGUGUGGCUGAAGGAUGGACAAGAGGUGUCGGAGCUGAGUGGGGUGCAGGUGGUGAAGCAGGGUGCGGUGCACAAGCUGGUGUUCAGUGGUGUGGGAGAGGAGCACGAGGGCAAGUAUACAUUCAGGGCCAAAGGAGCUGAGACUGAGGCCGUGCUGGCCAUCGCAGAUCCUCCAGUCAUCGACCCCUCUGUGCUGGAGAUUCUGUCCAGCGAGCCGGUGACGGUGAAGGCGGGCCAGACGGCCACCAUCAAGAUCCCCUUCAAGGGCAAGCCGCCCCCUCGCGUCACCUGGUACAAGGAUGGCAUCGAGGUGACGGAGGACGCCCGCACGGUGGUGGAGCGAGGCGCAGAGCACACCACCCUCACCCUGAGCCACUGCGUCAGAGAGGACAGUGGCGGCAUCAUGGUCAGGCUGAAGAGUGACUGCGGUACGGCUGUGGCUAACCUGCAUCUCAACGUGGUGGACCACCCAAAGCCUCCUCAGAAGGUGGACAUCCUGGAGAACACUCCCCAGGGCAUCCGCAUGAAGUGGAAGGCCCCCAAAGACAACGGUGGCGAGCCGGUCACAGGCUUUGUGAUUGAGAGGCGCCCCGCGGGGAAGAAGGCCUGGAACAAGGUGGGCGAGGUGGACAGCCGCACCACCACCUUCUUCAACGACAGCGUGGAUGAGGGCAAGGCCUACCAGUACCGCAUCCGGGCCGUCAACGAGCACGGCAUGAGCGAACCGCUGGAGACUGAGGAGGUGUCCGCCGGAGCUCCCAUUGAGCCCCCUGGCGUGAUGUCCCAGCCCCAGGUAGCAGACGUGACCAAAGAUGCCAUCACCAUCACCUGGGCCCCACCCAGCCAAGAUGGCGGUGCCGCGGUGCUGGGCUACGUGGUGGAGAGGAGGAAAAAGGGGGGCAGCAUGUGGAUUCCCGUCAACAAGGAACUGAUCCAGGACAAUAAAUGCACAGUGGGUGAGCUGACGGAGGGGGAGGAGUAUGAGUUUCGAGUGACUGCUGUAAACAGAGCAGGAGACGGGACGCCCAGUGCAGCAUCCAACCCUGUGUUGGCCAAGGACCCCAUCCGCGCCCCUGGCAUGGUCGCAGGCCUGCGCAUGACCGACUCCUCCACCUCCUCCAUCUCCCUGGCCUGGGCUCCCCCUGUGCUGGGCGACGCCCCCUCUGGCUACAUCCUGGAACUGCGCUCGGAGGACGCCAAAGAGUGGACCAAGUGCACCAAGAUCCCCAUCGCCGACACCAGCUACUGCGUGGGGGGCCUGCAGGAGCGCAUGAAGUACUUCUUCCGCAUCCGGGCCGUCAACGAGGGGGGCGUGGGAGAGGCCGUGGAGCUGGAGAAUGGGGUCGUCGCCAUGCCCCCACCCGCUCCUCCCAGGUUUGAUCUGCAAGGGAAGGUGAAGCACCAGAUGGAGCUGAGAGCUGGAGCCUCCCUCUGCAUCCCUGUCACCUUCACCGGCUCACCUACCCCGGAGGUGACCUGGCUGAAGGACGGCGUCCCCACCGACGGCAAAGAGGUCAUCACCAAGGGCAACAAGCACUCCCAGUUCCUCAUCGCCUCCUCCCGCCGCUCCGACUCGGGCACGUACCGCGUCAACCUGCGCAACGAGCACGGAGAGGUCAACUAUGACAUCAAUGUCCGCGUCACAGACUUCCCGCGGCCGCCCACUAACCUGCACCUGCUGGAGGAGGUGCCGGGCACGGUGACGCUGCUGUGGCAGCACACCCCGGACCUGGCCGACGACCCCAGCGGCCACUACAUCAUCCUGAAGCGCGACUCCAGCACCACCACCUGGUUCACCGCCACCGACCGCGUCCACAGCAACAAGUUCACCAUCACCGGCCUGCUGCCCGGACGCAAGUACUACUUCCGGGUCAUCGCCCGCAACAGCAUCGGGGACAGCGACCCGCUCGACUCCAAGGAGGCCUUCAGCAUCGCCAAGGAGAAAGAGCUCUUCCACCUGAACAUGAGGCCCUACGUGGCCAAGGAGCGCAGCGCCAAGCCCGCCUUCGUGCUGCCGCUCAAGGACCACGCGGUGCGCCGCGGCAACGACUGCACCAUGAGCUGCGCCUUCACGGGCUGCCCGGCGCCCACCGCCGCCUGGUACCGCGGCGACCUCAAGGUGUCGGACGGCCCGCGCUUCUGGCAGAACACGGCGGACGGCGUCUGCACCCUCACCAUCCCCGUCUGCACGGCCAAGGACUGCGGCGAGUACACGCUGGUGCUGGAGAACCCCCUGGGGGAGACCAAGUGCAAGUGCAGCCUGCUGGUCUUUGAUAAGGAUGACAAAGGACUGCUGGAGAGUUUGACGGAAAGUUCUGGGAAAGAGAAACACAUCAUGUGAGGACCUGGUCUGUCCAGCCGGAGGACAACACACUCAAAAUAUUUUGAAGUUUGAAGAUCUGUUUGGAAACAAAUGGGAAAUAUGAAUGAUAUCAAUAUAUAGAAUCAUUCUUAUAGUGUGAAAUUAUUUAUGUACUCAAAAGAUCAGGUGCUGGUAUUGACAAUGCACUGUACUAUUGAA